AUCACGUUGGUCCUUUGCCUGCUCUGCAAACCUGCAUCUUGAGCAUACAAAUCCAAGCAAGGUCAAAAUAACAUGAAUAAUUGAAAUAUUUACAAAUGUUUUUUCUUGCUCUCAGGCCAAGUUAUCAAGAAUGCAGCUGUGUCAAUAGCAGGAUCUCUGCUUAACGGUUUCGCGUCAGUAGGAUCGACGCUCGCUAAAGCUGGGAUGGACCUGAUCGCUGCUAAGUUUGGGAUGGUCCCACCGAAGCCACCAUGCAUCAACAAACCACCACAAUUGAUCCCACCGCCAAACCGCAUCGUCAUUAACAGGCCUGACAACAUCAUCCCAUCUUUUUAUCCCCCACCUGCGCCGGCUGCUCAAUACCACCAUCCUCUUAUCUACCCUCCAGUAGUGCCAGAAAGGAGUUUCUACAGGAAACCAACCACCCACCACGGAUUCAAAAGGCCCGCUGGAUCACGUUUCGCGAUAAUGGAUAUGCCCAGAUUUGAUGCUCAAGCAUUCGAGGCGUUCCAAUAUGGAAAGAAAUGA